AUAUUACCUCAACUAUAAGUCUCUGAAAAAGGAAAUCCGAGCCUAUGAAGCCGCCGUGGCGUCGGGGGUCACGGAGGAGGUUCAGCAAGACAUGGCACGUCGAUUUUCAGAGCAUCUCGACUCGCAGAUGGAGAAGGUGGUGCUGUUCUUCUUGGAGCAGCAGGGCGUGUUGGCGGGAAAGCUCCAACGGCUACGAGAGCAAAGGGAAGGGUCGAACACGCGGGGAGACGAGUCCAGCCUGGCGAUCGUCAUGUCGUCUGAUUUUAGCGAUAUGAUGGAACAGUACAGGGACGUGGGGCGGGAGCUGCUGCAGCUGUUGCAGUUCGUGGAGCUCAACGCCACGGGGCUGCGCAAGAUCCUGAAGAAGUUUGAUCGGCGUGUGGGCGUGAGGCUGGGACACACUUACAUUGCCUCCCGCACACUGCAUCCCUACUCUCACCUGCAACAGAUCUUCAAACAAGUGGGUCUGGGCGCCAUGGUGGGAACCAUCAUUCGCAAUUUGGACGAGCUGCACCGCAGGGAGCGCUGCUUCGCCUCGCCGCCCAAUCUCCUCUCGCCACGUGGUGCCGGCACUCCCAGGCGCACGUCAUUCUCGCUCUUCAGGCAAGGGGACGAGUCCCCGGUGUAUGUGGCUCAGGAGGAGCCCAUCAUCCAGGAGAUCGAGGCAGCCCGAGCCAAGCUGACAGACGCGGUGGGGUACAGCACGUACAUGGCCAAGGGGCUGCUGCUGCCGCCUGCUCCCAAGAGAGGGCCCAAGGCAGGGGAGCCGGAGUUCCACUGGUGGUCGCUGCAGCUCAACCAGUUCAACACCUUCCUCUACAUGGUGAACUACUACAUCAUCGUUCCAACCUCAGACGAGUACGCAGUCCUUCUGUCCGCGCCACCCGCUCUCUGUGGCAUCAUCAUCGGCGCCACUCCUCUCUGUGCGCUGGUUUCAGCCUUCAUCUUCAGCAAGUGGUCUAACACGUCCUACACGCAGCCCUUAUUCGUCUCCACUCUCGUCCUGCUGCUCGGCAACUUUGCCUACGCCGCUGCUCUGGAUUUCAACUCUGUGGCUCUGCUCCUGAUCGGCCGCUCGCUCACGGGCCUGGGAGGAGUCCGCGCAAUCAACCGCCGGUACAUCGCGGACCACGUCCCAUCGUCUGAACGCACCUCAGCCUCGGCCGGCUUCGUGAGCGCGGGCGCCUUAGGCAUGGCAGCAGGGCCCUUUGCUGCCUCCCUCAUCGAUUUCCUCAACUUCAAAUUCCUCGGCUUCACUGUCAACUCCGUCACCUCCCCCGGCUGGCUCAUGGUGUUCGCCUGGCUGUUCUACCUCGCCUUCGUCGUUCUUUUCUUCAAGGAACCGGAUCGGUCUCACCUGCAGGCGCCGACGCCAUCGGCAGCAGCAGCGGGGGUGAAACGGGAGAAGUCCGGAGGGGACCUGAGGAGGAGGGGGUCGAAAGAGGCUGUGCUGGGAGGGAACCUGAAAAGGGGGGGUUCGAAAGAAGCGGCCCUGGGAGGGAUGGGAGGGGUAGGUGUGAAUGGGGUUGGGGGGGAGAGGGGAGGGUGGGGGGAUAGGGAUGGGGUGGUGGUGGGAGAGGGGAGCAUGGUGACUGCUGCGUCUCCUGCUGACGGUUCACAUGGGAUUGAGGAUGGAGGGAUGGAAGCAGGGGCAGGGGACCGGGAAAAGGGCGUUGGGGCAGGGAGCAGAGUGUGGGGAUGGCUAGGAGUAGGAACAGGAGAAAAGAGAGGGGCUGGGAGCGCCUUAUCCGAGCCUCUGUUGAUGGGACUGGGAGGGCAGGACAGUAGGAAUGGUGUGCCAGCAGCGACACUGACCGCAGGAACAGCAGCAGCGGGUGUGGUGGCUGCACAGGCGGCAACAUCAGCAGGGCGAGGGCACACUGGGGUAGCUGAUGAGAGUGACGCGCGAACUUGGCUGAUGCUUGCCUCUCUGCCGGACAUUGACGAGGGGGAGGACGAGGAGGACGAGGAUGAUGACGCGGCAUCGUCCACUGGGGCUGUGGAGACGAUUCCCGAGCUCAUGAAGGAGCUGUCGCGACCAAUCUCGGUUCUCCUCUUCAUGUACUUCAUGAUCAAAUUCGCCACAGAAGUGCUUAUAUCGGAGUCCAGCCUCAUAUCCAAGUAUUACUUCCAAUGGACCAUCAAUGACAUUGGUUGGUUUCUGGGUCUUCUGGGUCUAACGGUGCUGCCCAUCAGCUCUGUGGUUGGAAACUACAUCACCAACAUAUACGAGGACAGGCUGGUGAUCAUGUGGACACAGAUGCUAAUCGCGAUUGGGGUGAUAGCCGUUAUGUGUUUUGCACCGAUUAUCAAGUACACCACACAGCAAUACGUUGUUGCUGCUGUCAUCAUCUUUGUCUCCUGCAACGUGCUCGAAGCUUCGACACUGACGGGUCUACAUUUCGGCGUGACGGCUCUGGUCGGCAUGGCUUCAGCUGCGCUGGGAUACCUGAACAGCAAGAACACGGUCCCGCUGUGGGAGCUGAUCUGGUUCUCCAUUGUUGCGAAUCUCUCCAUUGUCUCCAUGAAUAUCAGCCUCAUGCUCAACACCGUCGGAUUCUACCAGAUUGCCAAGCUGAGCAUUAUUCCAGUCGUCUGCUUCUUCGAGGCGCUCCUCCAUGCCAAGUCUUACUCCCGCGAGGUCAAGUUCUCCGUGGCCGUGGUCAUGGUGGGCGUGGGUGUGUGCACCGUCACUGACAUCAACAUGAACGCCUUCGGCUUCAUCGCUGCUGCUGUCGCCGUCGUCAGCACGUCGCUCCAGCAAAUCUUUAUCGGGUCCCUGCAGACCAAGUACAGCAUCGGCUCCUUCGACCUGCUCAGCCAGACGGCUCCCAUUCAGGCGGCGCUGCUCCUGCUGCUCGGCCCCGUGCUUGACUUCUUCCUUACCUCGCAGUCCAUUCUGAAAUACCAACUCACAUGGGGCUCUGCGAUCUUCAUCGGCCUCUCAUGCUUCUUUGCAGUCUUCUGCAACCUCAGCCAAUAUCUCUGCAUUGGAAAGUUUUCAGCGACGUCCUUCCAGUUCAUCGGGUCCCUUCAAACCAAGUACAACAUUGGGUCCUUUGACCUGCUCAGCCAAACUGCACCCAUCCAAGCAGCAUCCCUUGUGGUGCUUGGCCCCUUUGUUGACUACUUUGUUACAAAUCUGAACAUUAUAGAAUACACCCUUACUGCUGGUUGCACGGCUUUCAUCAUCCUCUCCUGCUUGCUCGCCGUAGUCUGCAAUCUUAGCCAGUAUCUUUGCAUUGGAAAGUUCUCGGCAACGUCGUUCCAAGUCCUGGGCCACAUGAAGACAGUCCUUGUCCUCGUUUUGGGCUUCAUCCUUUUCAGCUCCCCGAUCACCAUGAAGAAUGUGAUGGGCAUGCUCAUGGCUGUAGUGGGAAUGGUGCUUUAUAGCUGGGCGGUGGAGAAGGGCAAGAAGGAAAAGGAAGGCAAGGAGACUGGGAUGGUCAAGGCAGGCCAACCUUCUCCAAGAGCAUCGGAUGGAAAUGUGAGUGGAGGGGAGGACGAACGAGCAGGUCUGCUUGCGACAGGUAGGGCUGGAGAAGAGGAUUUGGAAUCUGGGAAGCAAGGUUGA